AUGUCCAACUUUGAAGACGACGAAGCUUUAUUUGAUGAUGUUUAUGCUGAAGAUACCAAAGUAUCAACCAAUGCUCCAACUGUAACGGAGCAGCAACAGCAGCAAGAACAGCCUCAGGAAGUGCAAACAAGAAAAGAAACACAAGAAUCCUCCCACACAGUUCAAGACAGUGUUGCACCGCCAACAAUCUCUUCGUCUUCCAAAAAUGAGGAGGUAUCUGCUAAUGCAGAGGGUGUCAAUUCUGCAUUAGUCGGUAAUCCUUCUUCCAAUUCUGAAGCACAAACUUCAGAGUCCGGCACUGACCAUCAGCCAUCUCAAGUAGAUGCUAACACUACACAUAUGCAAAUGCAACCUAUGAUGCAAAUGCCUGUUAUGCAACCUGGUCAAAAUCCUAUGGAAUAUUACCAGCAAAUGCAACAGUAUCAAGCAAUGCAAGCUGCUGUAACACAAGGCCAAAAUGCGCAAGGAUCCCCGGCUUCGAUGCAAGCUAUGAUGAUCCCCCCAAUGAUGGGUCAAUUCCCACAAUAUCCACAGUAUCCAGGACAGGUUAUGCCUGGUGUUCCUGGUGUUCCUGGCGUUCCUGGUGUUCCUGGCGUUCCUGGCGUUCCUGGCGUUCCUAUUCCAACAAAUUCACCACCAGUGCCAGAAGCACAAACUAAUCAAACGCAGCAAGAACACAUUCCUGAUGCUACUGAAAUCGAGGCACCUAAGGAUAUUACUGAUAAAGUUAAGGCAGAUAUGUCCAAUAAAGACUUAGGUAAACUAUUUAUUGGUGGUUUGAAUUGGGAAACUGAUGAGGAGAGGUUGAAGCAGUAUUUCAGUCAAUAUGGUGAAGUUUUAGAGCUGAAUGUUAUGAGAGAUAACAAUACCGGGAAAUCUAGAGGAUUUGCCUUCCUAACAUUUGCAUCCAGCAGUAGUGUUGAUGCUGUUAUGAAGGAAAAGCAUAUUCUUGAUGGUAAAUUGAUUGAUCCAAAGAGGGCAAUUCCCAAAGAUGAACAAGAGAAAGUGGGUAAAGUUUUUGUUGGUGGAAUUGCAGCAGACGUGACGCCCGAAGAGUUCAGAAGUUUCUUUGAAAAAUUUGGUACUAUUAUCGACUCUCAGUUAAUGAUAAAUAAGGAUACUGGUAAAUCAAGAGGUUAUGGUUUUGUUACUUAUGAUUCCCAAGAAGCUGUUGACAGAGUCACAAAGUACAACUAUGUGAUGUUCCGUGGUAAGAAGAUGGAAAUUAAGAAAGCUGAACCAAGAACCCAACAUCUCAAAAACCAAGGUAGAUCUGUGGAUAAUACCUCGUAUAAUCAAAAUAACCAGUAUGGCAGUCCGAUGGGUGGUCCAAUGGGAUUCAAUGCAGGUGCUCCAGGCGGUUUCAAUAAUAUGCAAUAUUGGCAACAAAUGCAGCAAAUGCAACAAAUGCAACAAUAUUGGAUGCAAAUGCAACAGCAGCAGCAACAACAACAACACCAGCCACAACAACAUAUGUCGCCAACUUCCCAAGAUGCACAAUUAAACAUGUAUUCUAGUAACAAUGGUAACCAAGGCCAGGGUGGUGAUGAUGAUAAUGUUCCAAAUCCACAGGAACAUGGCUCUUAUAAUGACGGUAACGAUGAUUACAGGGAUGAUUAUAGAGAUGAUAGACGAGGUGGCUACAACCGUAGAGAUGACCGUAGAGGGGGCAGACGCUAUGAUGAUGAUGACGAUGAAUUUGACGGUGAAGAUGACAGAACCAACCUACCAUCUGGUCCAAAGAAAUUGAGGGAAAGACGUGGAAGCGGUAGUGGAGGAUCAAGAUAUAAUGAUAGAAGAAGUGGAGGUGGUGGCAGUGGUGGUGGUGGAAGCAGGAGAAGAGGUGGCAGAAGUGGUAGAAGAAAUAAUAACUAUCAUCCAUACCGUAGAUGA